GAUGUCGGCCCUCUGGGCGCUGGAUCCUGGUGUCGGGCCCGGCGUAGGGCCGGGGUCCGCGACCGCCGCCGCCUCCGGCCCUCCCGGGGGCCCCACCCUCGCUUCCGGGCAUCUGUUCCAUCCCAUCAGCGCCGAGGAUGAGGAACAGCAGCCUACGGAGAUCGAGUCCCUGUGCAUGAACUGUUAUGGCAACGGAAUGACUCGCCUUCUGUUAACCAAGAUUCCCUUCUUCAAAGAGAUCAUCGUAAGUUCUUUUUCCUGUGAGCAUUGUGGCUGGUCCAACACAGAGAUUCAGUCUGCAGGCAGGAUCCAGGAACAGGGUGUGCGCUAUGCCUUGUCUGUUAGGGUUCCUGAGGACAUGAACCGAGAGGUGGUGAAAACAGAUUGUGCCACAGCACGGAUCCCAGAGUUAGACUUUGAGAUUCCUGCUUUCAGCCAAAAAGGAGCUCUGACCACUGUCGAAGGAUUAAUUAGUCGUGCUAUCUCUGGUUUGGAACAGGACCAACCAGCCCGCAGGGCGAAAGGGGAAACCAUGGCUGGGAAAAUUGAUGAGUUUAUUGCCAAGCUGAAGCAGCUGAAGCGAGUGGACUCCCCAUUCACUUUUAUCAUUGAUGAUCCUUCAGGGAACAGUUUUGUAGAGAAUCCGCAUGCCCCUCGGAAAGAUGAUGCUCUGGUGAUCACACACUACACCAGGACUCCCCAGCAAGGAGACAUGCUGGGUCUCAAGACUGAAGAGCCUGAAGAGAAGUCCACUGACCCUGUGGAAGAUCUCAGGAAUGAAGUGUUACAGUUCAACACAAACUGCCCUGAGUGCAAUGCUCCUGCCACCACCAACAUGAAAUUAGUGCAAAUCCCCCACUUUAAAGAGGUUAUCAUCAUGGCGACCAAUUGUGAGAACUGUGGGCACCGGACUAAUGAGGUAAAGUCAGGAGGAGCAGUGGAGCCCUUGGGCACCAGGAUAACCCUUCAUAUCACCGAUCCCUCAGAUAUGACCAGGGAUAUACUGAAGUCUGAGACAUGCAGUGUGGAAAUCCCAGAACUGGAGUUUGAGCUGGGCAUGGGUGCCCUCGGGGGCAAGUUUACCACGUUGGAGGGACUGCUGAAAGACAUCUGUGAUCUGGUGACCAGGAACCCCUUUACACUGGGCGACAGCUCCAACCCUGACCGUACAGAAAAGCUGGAAGAGUUUAGCCAGAAGCUGAACCAGAUUAUAGAGGGCAAAAUGAAUGCUCACUUCAUUCUGGAUGAUCCAGCAGGAAACAGCUACUUACAGAAUGCGUAUGCCCCGGAGGAUGACCCAGAGAUGAAGGUAGAGCGCUAUAAACGCACAUUUGACCAGAAUGAGGAGCUGGGGCUCAAUGACAUGAAGACAGAGGGCUAUGAGACUGGACUGGCUUCACAGCGGUAGCAGUGGGCCAAGGGGCAGGUCAGAUGACAGAGCUGCCCAGGGCCCCAUGGUUAUUUAUUACUAUUGUAAUAGGUCAGAGGGACAGGGACUAGAGAACAGGGGCUUUCUCUUGGAUGGGAAGACCAAGCUGUGUACACUUUCAGAACAAUUCACGAUGCAAAUGAAUGUCUGUUGGGUUACUGACCUUAUUUUGUAGGUUUGGUAUUUUUGAAGGAACUUGGAAUUGAACUCUUGGGCAAGUUACUACCAUUUUUUCCUGUUAAAGUCUUACUUUCCUUCCCUAUUUCUCCUCCUUUCUGUAAGGAAGGGACUCUAAGCAGCUGCUUCUGAGUAGGCUUGGAGAAAUGGAGGAGUUGGGGCACAACAAGGAGUUGGCAUUCUAUAGAUAUUAAUUCUAGCUUUCAAAAGUGAGAGGAGCCAUGUUUGGGGUGGGGCCAGAGUCCUGGGAUCAGGCAGAAAAAAAGAUUGCCAAUAAAAUUGCUGCUUUCAAACAGUUGUGGUCUUGGUUUUCACCCUGUUCUUGUCAUUUUCAUUAUGUUAAGUAUAGCUUUGUCCAGGCGGCCAGGCGGCCAGGCUCAGUUGGAGUUGAUAAAGUAAUUAUCUCAAAUUCUGUAGUAUCUUAAUUAAUCUGCUUUGGAUAUAAACUAACCACUUGCCUAGAGUGAGGAAUGAUGGAAUAGUAAUAACCCAAAUUUAUAAAGUGCCUUACAGUUUAAAAAUAUUUUAAACACAUUUAUGGAGCCUUUGUUUUUUGUCUAGUCCCAAAUAAUGUGGUGAUAGUGGAGGUUAAAAUUAGGAGAAAGCAUGUUUCCAGUCCAUAGGCAGGUGAGGCAAAGCAAGUGACUUUGCUAACCGUGAAGCUAAAUGAAGUUCCUUUGUUAUUUCAUUGGAAGAAAUAAAAUAAUAGGGUGGUUUAUCUGUAAUUACAAGUAUACGCAGAUCUAGCAAGGGUAGUGAGAAGGUUUUAAGCCCCAAAGGAAGGAGGGUGAAGGGUUAUAGCCCUCUAUUCUAUCCCAUCUCAAGUGUAGGCAAUAUGCAGUUAUCUUACCUGCAAAAAUAUGUUACUUUCACUUUGUAAUAUUAAAACCUGAUUUCACCCACUAAAAAUUUCUGGUAUAUUACCUCA